UACAAGAGGAAGUCCUGGGGCUUCUCACUCUCACGGGACAGCAGUUAGACACUGGACCCUACAAGAUGGGAUCAUGGGUUAUUAGUGAGCAUUACCUGAAGGGACUACUCCUUAUUUUUGCCUCCAUAUGUUCUUGGUAUUCUGGAUACCAACUUGCAGAGUUAAUACCUGAUGAAUCUCUGUCUAAAACUGUCCAUACUAUUAUGAAAAUUGGAGAGAAACCUGCCAUCAAAUUUCCAAUCCCCAAAAGACAAAAAUGUGACCACUGGACUGCCUGCCCACCUAACACCUAUGCCUAUCGGUUACUGAGUGGUGGUGGUAAGAACAAAUAUGCCAAAAUUUGCUUUGAGGAUGAGUUGCUUAUAAGUGAAGAGAAGGGUAAUGUCGCAAGGGGUAUCAACAUUGCCAUUGUGAAUUAUAAAACUGGGAAACUUAUACAUACACAAUAUUUUGACAUGUAUGAAGGAGAUAACUCUGGACCAUUGACCCAGUUCAUUAAAAAUGCCCCACAGAAGUCUCUAAUCUUGAUGGUGACACAUGAUGAUGGUAGCAGCAGAUUACAGAAUGAUGCCAAAAAUGCUAUAGAAGAUUUGGGUAGUAAAGAAAUUAAAAAUAUACGAUUCAGAUCAAGUUGGGUAUUUCUUGGAGGAAAAGGUAUUGACUUCCCCAAAGAUAUUCAAAGAGAAAAGAUCAACCAUUCUGAUGACACCAAAAACAGAUACUUGGGUUGGCCAGCUGAAAUACAGAUAGAAGGAUGUAUACCUCGCAAUCUAAGCUAA